AUGAAACGAACCAUCGUGAAGUCUAGUGAAAUACCUUUCGCAGUCUUUCGACCGACGGCAGAGAACUGGUGCGUUUCUAAAUGUGACGUCGAAAAAGUUCCUUUUGAGUGGAACAUUCAACAGUUUUUUCUUAUCGAGGAUCAAGUUACUAAAUCAGUUGAAUUUCAAGAUAAGAAACGUCCUUAUGCUGGUAAAUGGUGUUUAACACUCCAAAGGACUUACGACUGCGAUAGACGACCUACGACAAAUGAAGUCUUUUUCAGUAUCUCUCGUUACCAAGACAAAUGUUUCAAAGUGAAGAUGGCAAUUCUAAAUAAAAAAAGGGAAAUGAUUUGGCCACAAGAAGUUUUUGUGCCGAAACAUUGUUAUUCAAAGUGUGAAGUUUUGAGGGUUAAAAAAGAAUUAAUAUUGUCAAAUGACGUUUUGCUAACGGACGGCAGUCUAACCAUUUGCUGCGAGAUUGAGUAUGCAGGUAAAGAAGAAAUCGUAUCUGCUGCUGCGGAUAAAUGCAUUAGGCCUGUUCCUUUAUUCCCUCAGUCAACAAUUAGCGACCAACAGGAACGAUUAUUUGAAGACAUGCAAUUCAGCGAUGUCACUCUUAACGUCCAUGGGCGCCAAUUUCAAGCUCACAAAUGUAUUUUGGCAUCCAGCAGCAAAGUAUUUGAGGCCAUGUUCAACCACCCUACCAAGGAAAAUAUCACAAAUCAAGUUGUGAUUGAAGACAUUCAACCUGAAGUAUUUUCCGAACUUCUCCGUUUCAUUUAUUCCGGCCGCUUGACUUUAGCCACAAUGGAAACUAUGGCCGUCAGACUGUUUGCGGCUGCCGACAAAUAUUUGCUGGAUCAACUGAAAUCUGCAUGCGAGUCUCAUUUGCGUUCUCAAAUGUCGGCUGAGAAUUGCAUGGAAUUGCUUCUGCUCAGCGACCAGAUCCACCCAGCGGAUGAUUUGAAGCAGAGUGCGGUGGACUUCUUCCGGCGUUAUCCACGUGAAGUGAUGGCGACCGACGGAUGGAAAAAGGCGAAACACGAGCAUCCCAAUCAUUCUAUUUGGGUUCUUGUUGUAGAUAUUUUGGAGAACCUUUUUUUAUCGUCAGUUUAG